AUGGGCCUCUCAUGGACCCCAUUCUCCCUUUUGCUCCUCUUGCUCAGGGAGCCUGCCUGUCUGAGGACCCAGGACCACCUCAGCUGCCCAGAACCCAGGGAACUGGAAGCCAGCACUGUCCUCCUGCCCAGUUGUCCUGGAGCUCCAGGAAGUCCUGGGGAGAAGGGAGCUCCAGGUCGUCAAGGGCAACCUGGACCACCAGGCAAGAUGGGCCCCAAGGGUGAGCCUGGAGAUCCAGCGAACCUGCUCUGGUGCCAGGAGGGCCCCAGGAGCUGCCAGGAGCUGCUAAGCUGAGGUGCCACCUUGAACGGCUGGUACCACCUGUGCCUAAUGGAGGGCAGAGUCCUUCCAGUCUUUUGUGACAUGGACACUUCAGGGGGUGGUUGGCUGAUGAGUGUGUUCCAGAGGUGACAGGAUGGUUUUGUGGAUUUCUUCCGCUCUUGGUCCUCUUAUAAAGCAGGUUUUGGGAGCCAGGAGUCUGAAUUCUGGCCGGGAAAUGAGAAUUUGGAUCAGUUGACUCUCCAGGAUAACUGGGAGUUGUGGGUGGAGCUGGAAGACUUUAAUGGCAACUGCGCCUUUGCUCGCUAUGGGUCCUUCUACCUCCUUGGGGAGGCAGAUCACUACCAGCUGGUGCUGGGCAAGUUCUCAGAGGGCACUGCAGGGGACUCCCUGAGCCACCACAGCGGGAUGCCCUUUACCACCUAUGACGCCGACCAUGAUAUAGCUGGGGGCAACUGCGUGGCGACUGUCCAUGGUGCCUGGUGGUAUGGAUCCUGCUAUCAAUCCAGUCUCAACAGGUGCUAUGCAGUAUCUCGGACCACCGCCCACAAGUAUGACAUUGACUGGGCCUCAGGCUUCGGCAUGGGCCACCCUUACCGCAAGGUUCACAUGAUGUUUUGCUAG